AUGUCAAUCAAAUGCCAAAUCUGUAGUGUCGAAGACUCGAGAUACAAGUGUCCGAAAUGUGCGAUUCGAUACUGCUCGUUGGCGUGCUUUAAAAAUACAGAAAAGCAUGUCCACUAUGAGCACACAACUGAACAGAAACCGGUACCAGAGGUCGCUUUAGGAAAACAGGAAACGCCGAUGCUUAACAGUGAAGAAUUCAAUGAUGUUUAUCAGAAAAGUCCUGAGAUCCAAGAACUGCUCACUUACAAUACGGUAAAAUUCCAUCUGGCAAAAGUUCACCGCAUCUUGAGCGUUGGCAGCGGUGCCGUGGGAUCCUCAGAUACUAACUUGUCGUCUGAAGCCAAACAACAGCUUGCCGUGGACUAUUUGAACACUUUGAGGUACGGUGGAGUCCACUAUAACGAAGCCAUUGAAGAAUUCUGCCAAAUUAGCGUGGGGAAGCUCGGAGGCAUGAAGUAG